AAACAAUUUAAUUAAUUUAAUAGUAAUUUAUAGUAAUUGUAAUCGCGGAUUCAGAAAUGUACAGAACAGUAUUUAAGCAGAUCCUAGGCGUGUUCUUAAAUAGUUACUUAUUUAUUGGUGCAUCAUAAAUCAUGUUUGUUGAAAUCAAUAUUAAUGGAUCUGAAUUUUAAAACAAUGGAAAACGUUAAUGAAAUAACUUUGAAUCCAAAUGAAAUUCAAAUAUGUAAAUCCUUUACAGUAGUAAGUUAAAUAUAUUUAAAUUUAAUUUUUAAAACAAACAGGUUAAAAUCAAAGAAACGAAACUAAAUCUGUUCAAGUAACUUUUUCACUACGUAAUCUCGAUUCUCCACCUGUUACGUUAAACAAUAUAACAAUUCCUAAGGCAAACGAAGUUAAAUAUCUUGGGCUAACUCUCGAAAAUGGUUAACCUGGAGCCCACACAUAAAACUUAAACGUAAAACUGUUAACUCUAGAAUUCAUAUUAGACCACUCUUAAAAUCCAAACUUUCCCUUUCCAAUAAACUUAAGCCCUCUAACACCAACAUGCUUCAAGCUUUUCAAUCUAUCUGCCUACGAUUAAUAACAUCUUCUCCUUGGUAUUUCACAAACAAUAACCUUCACAAAGACCUAAAAAUUCCUACACUCAAUCAAUUAGCAAAAGCACAUUACUCUAAAUUUCAUUCCAACUUAAACUCUCACAGUAACCCAUUAAUAAAGCAACUUUCUUCCACCUCACUUCCUGGCAACGUAAGCAGAAGACUCAAAAGACAGUGGCCUAGAGACCUACUAAAAUAAUAAAAAAAAAAAAUCAUGACAUCUAAAAUGUUCACGGUCGGGUGGUGUUGCUGAGUGCCUGCCCACAAAUGCUAAAUUCUGUUACUUUAUAUUACAUCAACUAUCAAAUUUGCUCAUUGUACAUAAUGUAUAGAUUGUAAAUAAAAUUGCUUCAAAAUAAAAAAUAAAAAAAAAAAAAAACAAACAAGUAUACCACAUAAUUUCAUAAAUAUUGAAUUUUAAUUAUAGGUGAACAAUAGAAUAAAUAAUUUCUUAAAAAGAAAACAAGAAGAAUGCAAUGAUAGAAAUACUAGACUGUAUUGUUCAGAAUCAAAAAGAAGCUAUUUUGGUUCAUCCAGAACUUGCGAUACAAUAGCAGCCAAACGGCAAAAAAGAUCUGAAUGUUUUGUUAAAAGUACUUUAUAUUUUCAUUACAUAAUAAAAAUAGUUUUUAAUUAUUUUUAAUUGUAUAGAGACUAAGGUGCAUAAUGCUAUUGGACCACUGUGUAAUGGUAUAGAUCCGGCUAGUGAAAAUAGUUACAGUUUAUCAAAUCAUACUAGUUUUACUGGACCAAGAACAGACCUGUGUGAAAGAAUAUCAAACUUAGAAAGUUGUUUAAAUAUAAAAAGUGAAAACUCUAAUAACUAUAAAACAACUGCUGAUAUUUAUGCAAAAUUAAAAUCAAUAGAAGAUAAAGUAUUAACACUUCAAAACAUGUUGUUAGAAAAAAAUGCAAAUGUAAUUGACAUUAAUAAACAAGUUUGUAGAAUAUAUAGAUUUAUUUUAUUAAGUGCUAAAUAUUAAUAUCAAGAGUAUCUAUUUACUAAUCAAUUAAUUAUGAUAAAUAAAAGCAUUCAAUUUCCACUCAAAAUACAAAUAAAAAAUAAAUUUGAUUUUAAUAUUUACAGAAAAUUUUAAUAAACUGAUGCUAUAAUAUCACAUGAUUCUAUUCCAGUAUUUAUUUAUUUAAGAGUAUUAACCAUUUAAUAAUUUUGUUUUUCUUUAUUAUUUAUUAUUGUAAAUCAAUUGUUUGAAAUAUUUUAGAUGUGGGAAUUUUAUUGGUUGCUACAUCAUGUAUGAAUAAUUUAUAGUUUAGGUUUGUUUUUAUCAAAUUUGACUAAUUACAUUUCUACUAUUUAUUAUUCAUUAUUAUGCUUAACAUUUGUUAUAAUAAUCUUUCUAUUGCACUGUCCAAGAAGUGUAUAUUAUUAUACAAUACUUUAUUUUCCUUGUAGUUUUUUUAAUAUAUUGGGAAUAUAUUUAUUUGUUUGAAGUACACUUGGCGUCACAUCUCUAAAAUUAAGUUUCAAAUGGGCGUUUCCCCGAACCAAAACAUUUAACCCAAACAAUAAAGAUAUCAAUUGAAAAUACAGUUAAUGACCUCUUAUCCAACAGUAGUUUCGUUUCAUAAACAAUAAUCAUAUUCCGAGUAUACGGCACAUUAGGAAAAUGUAUAAAUAUACUCCUAUUUUAUCUUAUAUUCUUUGGCUAUAAAAAAAUCAGUUUAAAGUGUCAAAUGCAGGUCAUUCACUACCUAAACAUUGAAAAGGACAUAUGUGAAUAUUCUUUAAACAACAUUAUUUCAAAAAAUAAUGUAUUAAAUGGAUACAACUGCUAACAAAGCCCCUCAAGUGGUGGCAUUAAUGGAAUUAGGGAUGUAUCAAUGUAAUGUUGUAUGGUAACUAAACUUAAGCCGUUUUGCCGAGUUUUCCAACGUUAUCAAGAGACUGAUGGCUUUAUCCGGAGGCAUGGAUCAGGCCGACAACACUGCACAACGGACAGAGAUGAUUGUUUUAUUGCGCAAUCGAUUUUCCAAUGUUAUACAGUAUCAAUAGCAACUCCACGCAGCUCGUCUAUUUGUCUAUUUAGCAAUGACAAACGAAGGAAAGUGUACCGAAGGCAGGGAGAAUGGUUUGCACAAGCCUGUAUUGAGGACAGUAGAGUAUUGGGGAUGGCUCAUGCAUAUUCUGGGGCGGCAUUUCCAUUGAUAGCAAGACCGAGCUAGUGUGUGUUUCCAAGACUGGCGGUGCUCAAGGACAAUGAUCGCUGACUUCUCAUCGAUACAUCACAGAGAUCUUAGAGGAGUAUGUGGUACCAUAUGCAGGUUUUGUUGGCGAUGGGUUUAUACUAAUGCAAUCGACAAUGACAAUGCUCGUUCCCACACCGCAUUAAUUGUAAGGAAUUAUACGGAAGAGGUUGGGAUCCCUGUUAUGAACUGGUCAGCAAGAAGUCCAGACUUAAAUCCAAUUGAGCACCUCUGGGAUAAAUUAAAACAAUGAGUGUGGUCCCCAACAACUCUCCAAGAUCUUCAAGAUGCUGUUGUUGCACAAUGGAUGAGUAUUCCUCAAGAAUGCAUUGUAUAACUCAUAACAUCCACGAAAGAACAUAUGGAAGCAGUAAUUAAGGCAAGAGGAAGUAGCACUAGAUUUUAAAUAAUAUUUAGUAACAGUUUUUUAUUUUUAUAUGAAGUCUAUUGUCUGUUUCUGUUUGUAAAAAUGUAUAACCUCAAUAUAAAUUGUUUUCUUCUACGAUUAACUUGAUUUUUAAAACACUGAUAAAAAAAAACAUGUACCAUUUAUUUAUUUUUCAAGUUUAUUUAAUCACCUUUCAAAUGAUAUAUCAUAACAGUACCCUUACAUAUGAUUAAGUGUAGUUAAAAUUACUUUGAAAAAUAAUUUGCAAUAGGUGCGAUUUUUGUGACGCCAAAUGUAGUUAUUACUUAGUCUCAAAUAUAUUUAAAUAUAUUAGGUAUACUUGUAAAUAAUAUAUAUUUGAUAUUAAUUGAAAUACAAUAUUAAAUUAUUGACAAAAUUGUGUCAUUAAAUGCACUUUUAUAAAAUCUGUACACCUAAUUUAUUUUAAUUUUUCAGGAAGCAUUGCUCAUUAAAUAUAAUUCAGAUAAGAAGCUGCCAACAAACACUUCAGUGGAUGUCUUGUCUAAAAAGUCUGUAAGUAUCUGAAUACUUAACUACCUACAUAACUAAAUACCAGGGCUCAGAACUGACAAGACUUAAUUUAUUUUGCAUAUUUGUUUAAAAAGUAAAUAGUAAAUUAAUUUAAUCAUUUUUUCAGAAAUAUACUGCUGAGGAAAUACAAGAACUCAUUGAUAAUAUUAAAAAAUAUUAAUUACAAAUCAAAAAUAUCAUGGUUCAAUAUAACAAUUGAUAUUUAUUUUUACUGGUUGCAAAUAUGUAUUACUUAUAAAUAAUAUUAAUUUAUAGGGUUUCAAAUUUGAUACAUUACUUUUGAUUUCCAAACUAGUAUAAAUUCAUACUAUGUAUUAAAAUAUUAGAAUUUGUGUAAUCACUGUUUUCAGUGAUAUCUGUAUAGUUAGAUAUACUUAUAUUAUAAAUAUCAAUAAUACACAACAAGGUUUCUCUGAAACCUAUUUAUUUUUUUUAAGCAUUUAUUUUUAAAUUAAUGACUAUAAUGUAUUAAUAUUUAACUUGUAAAAUAAAUAUGUAAAUUUUAUUUUUUAAUACCAUAUUAAAAUGACUUAAAUUGUGAUUAUUUUUUCUGUGAAUAAUAUCUUUUGAAUGUUGUAUCAAUAUGUGUCAAAUACCAUGAGCCAUUAAACAAAUUAUCAAUAUUUGAAGUUGGUUGAAAUGGUGCUGUAUAAAAUAUAUGCAAUUAUUAUAAUUAAUAGUUCAAUAAGUAUAAUAAUUACAAAUAUAAAUAGAAUUAUAAUGUUACCUUGAUUGUAAAUUAGUUCAUGAUUUUCCAUCAUAGUUUCAAAUUCAACACCUGUUAAACAAAGUCUGUUUUCUAACAUUGCCGGAACAUGUUGAAAUAAAUUGUGGACUAAUAUAUCCAAUUUUGCACCAGGGUGUACAGUAAAUGAAUAAAAUGAUGAACACAUACCAGAACCAAAAGAAAACAUUGCUAUUCGUUUACCAGCCAUUUCACUAGUUGGUUUACUACAACAUUCAAUUAUAUUAAUAUGACAAUUAAUAUUGUGCAUUUAUAUGAAAUACAAUUUUAUUACCUCAGUAAAUAUGAAAUCAAUCCACUGAAAAUAGAUGCUGUAUACAUGUUUCCUACAUUCUUAGGAAUAUAUUGAGUGGAUGCAGUAUGCUUUUUAAAUAAUUGUUCCGUAUCUUUAAUAACUUUUAUAUUUGAUAAUAAU